AUGAUUGUAUAUCAGCUCGCGAGAAGUGGAUCAACAGGGAGCACACAGGAAGCAGUUGCAGUUGAUCCAGCCGACAACCAACUUUUCAACAUCUACACUACGAGAUCAGAAGAUGAGAAAAUCCUUCCGGAUGAGCACUACCCGAAGUGGCUCUGGGGGCUCGAGCAGCCUAGUGCAGGGUAUGGCGAGCUGAGUCUGAUGUUCGUCCACGGUGUCAAUAUCGAGAAUGCUACUAUGUACCACUAUCAUAGUUUCUUCGGAAGCAUCGAGUUUUGGUGA